AUGUUAAAAGAUCUACUUACUGAAACGCGUGAUCCAACACCUUAUUGUUCACCAGACCAACAAGAGCUUGUAACUCAAAAGUUAAUAACUUUUGUUAUUAAAUUUGUUCAACCAUUGUAUAUCUUAGAAGAAGAAUCAUUUAAAGAUUUAAUGACAGCAUGUGUACCUGGAUAUAAAAUUCCUUGUAUAAAAACUGCAAAAGAUAUAAUUCAUAAGGCAUAUCAAUCAAGUAAAAAUGAACUAAAAUCUAUGUUAAAAGAAAAUGUUUUGGUUGAUACUAAGACACGAUGGAAUUCGACAUACUAUACUUGGAAACGUGUCUUAGAACUUCAUAAUGCCAUGCGUCAUGUUUCAAAUUCUUUACUUUUAAGUUCUGAUCGUUUAUUACAAAAAGAAGGUAAAAAAUUAGAACGAUUAUGUCUUACUUUAGAUGAAAAGAUAUUUCUUAACAAUAUAGUAAAUAUGUUAGCUCCUUUUGAAAAAAUUACACGACGUAUUUCUGGUUCAAACUAUGCUACAUUUAGUAUGAUUCACCCUUAUAUGGAAAUUCUCAAAAACUCAUUUGUGCCACGAUCAGAUCUAGGAGAAACAAAACAAUCUUAUCUCGAUUUAAUAUAUGGUAGUACUAAUUUUGAUGAAAAUAGUGACAAUAGUUCUAAUUAUAGUUCUGAUUCUAUUAGUAGCGAUGAUAAUAUUCCAAGUGGUGGUACUCUUAAUACUAAUGGCUUAUUAACAAAUGUUCGUGCUGCAAUUUUCUUAUCUUUGGAUGAGCUUUGGGCUAUACCUUCUGACUUGGCCUUAAUUGCGUCUAUCCUUGAUCCACGUUUUAAAACCUUUCAAUGGGCACCAAAUCAAUUGAAUCAUGCAAAAAGAUUACUUGAACGAUCUUAUAUGGAACUAAAAAUAGCUCUUGAGUUAUUAAAUUUAAAUAAUGAUUUAGAUAAUCCUGUAAAUAAUUCAAAGACUCACGAUGAAGAUGAUGAAUUUUUUGGUCAGUUAAAAAUUAAACCUCGUCAGGCAUUAGAAUUUACUGAAUAUGACGAAGUAACACGUUACUUAAUAUUGGAUAAUAUUGAGCUUGACGAUGAUCCAAUAAAAUG